AUGGGCUCCAACACAUCGAAGGAAGUCAAGACUACUACCGAGGAAACCUUUAACGAAAAGGUUUCGUACUCGUCUUCUCUAAUGGAUGUCUCAAGAGAAGACGUCGAAGCCAAAGAAGAUGAAGACAAUGGUGAUGGCAACGGUAUUUGGCCAGGUAUUUCCGUCGGAUUGCUUGAUGGUUGGAAAGGUGACGUCUUGAGAGACGAUAAGAACAAAUUGGUUCAGAACUCUCUUGCUAUCAAUCCUAUCCAGCUGAUUAUCGCCAAGUCAGACGUCGAAACUGUCUUAAAGGACCAGUACUUCUUCAACGUCACAGUCAAGACAAUUGGAUCACCUUCCUAUUUCAACAACCAAAAACUGUCCGGUAGAUGUUGGAUCUUUGCUGCUUCCAAUGUGUUCAGAACUCUGGUUAUCAAGAAUUAUAACUUGAAGGAUGAUCUGUUCCAGUUGUCGCAAGCUUAUCUUUUCUUCUAUGACAAAUUGGAAAAAUCUCAUUUCUUCUUGGAUAACAUCGCCGACACUGCUGAUCACGACUUGGACUCAAGAUUAGUUCAGUAUCUUCUUUCCAGUCCUGUUGGUGACGGUGGUCAAUGGGAUAUGAUUGUCAACUUGGUAGAGAAAUACGGUCUUGUUCCACACCAAGUGUUCCCAGAUAAUGCCCAAGCCUCAAACUCUUCUCCUUUGAACUAUUUGGUCACCGAGAAGUUGAGGGAAGCUGCUUUGAUCAUCAGAAGAUUGUACCAAGAAAAGGCACCUCAGCCUGUCAUUGAAAUUCUUAAGGGUGCAACCGUCUAUACUGUGUUCAAGAUUCUUUCUUUGGCUUUGGGUUCUCCACCAAAUGCUGAUGAACCUUUCACUUGGGAAUACAUCGACAAGGAUGGCAAGUACAAGUCCUAUCAAACGAAUCCUAGAGACUUCUACAGGGACCAUGUCAGACUUGAUGCCGCUAAACACUUCUCGUUGAUCCACGACCCUAGAAACGACUAUGAUAAGUUGUAUACUGUGGACAGAUUAAACAACAUUUUAGGCGGUAAGAAGAUCGAAUACGUCAAUACUGAAAUUGACGAGAUCAAGCUGGUUGCUAUCAAGAUGUUGAAGGACGAUGAGCCCAUCUUCUUUGGUUCUGAUGUAGGCAAGUUUGGUGACAGGUCUUCUGGUGUUUUGGACGUUACAGCAUACGACUACAAGUUGGCUUUCAAUAUCUCCUUGGGUUUGGACAAGGCUGAAAGAUUGAGAACCGGCUCAUCUCAAAUGACCCAUGCUAUGGUGAUUACUGGUGUUCACCUUGAUCCUGUAACUCAGCUUCCUGUCAGAUGGAAGAUCGAGAAUUCGUGGGGUGAUGCCGUCGGCGACAAGGGUUACUUUGUUAUGUCGGACGAAUGGUUCAGUGAAUACGUGUUCCAGAUUGUCACCAACAAGAAGUAUGCCUCUAAGAAGACAUAUGAUACUUGGAAGGGUAAAGACUUCACUGUCUUGCCUUAUUAUGAUCCUAUGGGCUCAUUAGCUUAA